GUUGUUUAUUAGAAGAGAAUUAUUAUCGGUCGACCAGGUCUGAAAAGAAAUGGCUUUAAUCUUAAAAUAAAAAGUGAUGGGAAAUCUAAAUCAUUUGAUUGAUUAUUAAAAACGCAAACAAGAUCGUCUCUAUGCUGCAAAAUGGCAGAGGCAGACAGUAAAAAAGAUCAGGCGAUCUAUCACGAAAAACAGCGUCUGCAAAUGUGUGCAGUUCAUGCUAUCAACAACCUAUUUCAAGGAAGCAAUGUCCUUAAGAGGGAAGACAUGAACAGCAUAUGCAAAGAACUUUCUCCAAACACUCUCGUCAACCCACACAUGAGCGUUUUUGGUGUCGGAAACUAUGAUGUAAAUGCAAUAAUGGCAGUCAUGUCGAGACGGGGCUAUGAAGUUGUCUGGUUCGACAAAAGAAAGUCUUUGGAUGGUAUUAACUUUGGAAAUAUAUAUGGUAUGUUCAUCAAUACAGUUGCAAAAUGGGAUACGUUUAAGAUUCCUUUCAAGUUAUUCAGGCAUUGGUUUGCAAUUCGACAAAUCGGUGGCAUCUAUCACAACCUUGAUUCCAAACUGAAACGUCCUGAGAAAAUUGGCAGCGAACUGGAUUUGAGAUCUUACUUGAAGUCAAAACUUUCAGAACAAAAAACUGAGCUAUUGCUUGUUGUUGAAAUGUCAAUUGCUGAAGAAAGAAGUUGGGAAAUUCCGAAAAGCUCUCCUACAUAGGAAUACAUUAGCAUAGAUUAAUUUUUUGCACAGUAUUAGAUUGUCUCUUUUGGGCAUCUUUUAAUCUGGAUAAAGAUCAAUAAAAACCCUCAGAUUUUUCUAAGCUAAACAAUAAAGCAAACCUGGUAUCAUGCAGGCCAGUAAAUAUUCUUGAUGUAGAUCAUGAAGGAUUGUGGAGGCUAGUUCUUUUUGAAAAAGUCUGGGUUUGGACAAGGCCUUCUCCAAUUACCCAUCUGUAUUGUAUACAGAAGCCUUGCAGGAUACCUUUUCAAACUUUUUCAUUGAUAAAUCAAAGAUGGGCUUUAUAGCUUGUGAAGUGUUGGGUAUGGUCUUAGCAAUUAUAAUUUGAAAUCUGUGUUUUUAAUAAAAGGGAGGGUGUUAAAUAAGCUUUCAAAGAACUUAUUUGUUAAUGUGUUGUUAGGCAAUUUCUGAGAAACAAAUUUGCAAUGGCUGUUAUUCAUAGCUGGCUUUGUCAUGCAUUUGAUGACUAAAAAUUUGAUUGUGUACAUACAGAAGUUUUGUAGGCUUAUUACAUUUGUUUAGUUAUAUUAAAACGAGAAAAUGGGGACUCUCUGCUUAAACUAAAUAUUAGCUUGAACGUCAAAAACUCUUUUCUAAUGAACAAAGGAGAACAACAGCCAAAAAGACUAUUCUAAGGUACUUUUGCAAUAAAGAAAGUAUGUAUGACCUUCUUCCUUCAUGGAAUAUUACUUGAAAUUAUGUUAUAAUGAAUAUUUUAGACAUAUGAUAUAAAGUGGCAGUGAUAAGAAAUCAAUGAAAAUACAAAGUCAUAUCACCUUUUGAAAAACUGAGGGCAUAAGACUCCAUGAGGAAACUUUCACGAAAAUGCUAAUUAAAUCUUUUAAUUGGUUACCUAAUGAAAAUUGGCAAGUUUUUCUACUACCCAUUUAGCUUUUCACCCUUGAAAAAGUACUACCCUAAAAACAUCAUGUUUCUAGUGAUAUAAUUUCUUUUAUUCAAGAUGCGUUUUUACAUAUUUAGCUUCAAGAUAAGCAACACAUUAGAGAUCAAUCAAACCAAGGUCAAACUUUUGUUUAUAAUAAACAUUCUUGCAGAAGGUCACAAAAUUUGGCUUUCUUAGAUUUUAGUGAUUUUAGUAACAGAAUAUCAUCUAUAAGAGACUUUUUACCAUUAUUAAUACCAAGUUUUUUAUUUCAUUUUACCUAUAAUAUUGUAAUAUUGUGUUUCUUUUCGUAAUGUAUAAAUUAUUAUAACACUAAUAUGAAAUCGUUACCUCAUUAAAAUGAAA